AUGUCGGAUCUGGGCUCCGAGGAUGCCGAGGAGGCCGGUGGAGACAUCGGGGAGUAUGAAGGCGAUCGCAAUUCCGAAGGACAGCGACAUGGAUUUGGGAAGGCACGGCUGCCCAAUGGUGACACCUACGAAGGGGAAUACGAGUGUGGUUUGAGGAAUGGACGUGGAACCUACAGGUUUAAAAAUGGUGCUCUCUACACCGGGAACUACCUUCAAAACAAAAAGCAUGGCAAAGGUGUAUUUUUUUAUCCAGAUGGAUCAAAAUAUGCAGGAGACUGGGUGCAUGACCAGAAACAGGGCUAUGGAGAAUAUGUUUAUGCAAAUGGAGACACCUACACUGGAGAAUGGGCUAACAACAAGAGGCAUGGGCAAGGCACGUAUGUCUAUAAAGACACAGGAUCUAAGUAUGUUGGUUGUUGGGUAAAUGGAAUCCAGGAUGGACCAGCUGAACUUAUCCACCUAAACCACAGAUUUAAGGGCAGGUUUCUCAGUGGAAAGCCUUUAGGUCACGGCAAAUUCAUCUUUGAUGUUGGAUGUGAGCAGCAUGGCGAAUACAUACAGCCAGUGCAGGAAAAAGAGGAGGAGGAAGAAGAGGAAGAACCGUCAGUACCUCUUGAACCAAUAUGGAAAGUAUCAGGAAUUACCAAAUUAACACCCUGGUCUCCCCAUGAUGAGGAGCUACUAGGCCCCAGAGAAGCAGCAGAGGCAGCAGGUGCAGUAGCUGAAGAGAAAAUUCCAUCAAUUAUGGUCACUGAGGAGGGUGGGGGUCACCCAGCAAGCGCUACAGAUGGGGAAGGUGAGGGAAGAAGAGAGGAAGAAGUAAAUCAAAAAAUUACUGAUUUAGGAGGAUGA